AUGAACGGUCACUCAGGGGUCGCGGCGUGCGGCGGAGCGUCGGCCGCCGCCAGAGCCACAGAGGGCAAGCGAGGCCUGUCUGGAACAGAUGAAAAGAAAAAAUCUGCGAGCGAGGGACUUGCUGAGAAGCUUCUUCUCGGAUGGACGAUGCUCGGAGAUACGUGCCCUCAGUGCGUGAGCGUUCCUCUCAUGCGCGACAAGCAGCAUCAGCUCUUCUGCGUGGCUUGUGAGGCCUUCGUUCCGCCGAGCCUUCUCGAAGACGGCGGGCGCAGCGCCGGCGCCCGCAGGCCGCAGGCCGAAGAUACCAAGCGCGAGCAGCGCGAGCGUGUGGGACCCCCGCACGGAGAGGAGUCGCGAUACGAUGCGGCGGGGCCUGCAUCGAUUGCUGGCCGAGGACCGCAGUACCAGAUGGUCGCGUCGAUUCCGCUGAAUCAAGCAGACAACGCGCGAAUCCAGUCGACUCUGUCAGCUGCCGUCGGGGGAGAGGGGCUCAGAGCUAGCCAUGGAGACGUUUCUGACGGAGGCGGGCGGGGGGUAGCGCGUGUGUCUUCCAAGUCGCUGCAGGAGGACGACGAAUACCGAACAAACAUGCACCCAGAAACCGCGGAAUCUGGCAGUUACCUUCAGGUGUCUGCGGAGCUGCUCAAGUGGCGUGAGGAGACGCUGCGGCGAUGUGGGCUCCUCUCGGGUGCUACGGGGCGGCCUGCAGAGACCUGCGCGAAGCCUUACCCCGCAGCGCCAGUCGGGAACGAGGCUGCAUGCCAAACGGCGUCUGCUGCCGGCGCGAGCCGGCGACCUCUCCCUGAAGAAUUGAGACUUUGCGAAAAGGCGUCCGCCUGCCGAGGAGAGGCUCUAUCCGAAGCGAGGACCGCGGUGCUCGGGACGAUCAGACGGUAUGCGGUCGCGCUCACGCCGCACGCGUCCCGCGCGGCUACGACUCUCGAAAGCGAGCGGCAAGUCCUACUCUCCCUGCAAACAGCCCUGCAAGUCCUGGGCACUCUCGACAGCCUCGCGUAG